AUGCGCUUGAUUUUCGUCGCGGUUGUGGCCGCUCUCUUGGCCCUCGCAGCGGCCCAAUCCCAAUCCCAAACGGUUACGGCGGUGGCUACCCCGGAUAUUAAGCCCCAGCCGUGUUGUGAAAGUGUUCGACAAACUUUAAUAGACAUCCGAAAGGAUAUCCGUCUGUGGCUGCUGGAUAGGCUCUUCGGAAAGCUAAUCCUACUUCAUGACGGCGAAUUGCUCGGAAAUCCAAAUUACGUGAACUGUGCCAACGGAAAAAAGAAUCUUGAAAUAUCAAAUGAAAGUUCUAAUAUCUUCGACGAAAUAUAUGGUCAAUCCAUUGAUGGCCAGACAACUUCUGAUGAUAUUAACGAUGAUGGAGUGUCUAGCCAGCCCUCAUCCUCAACUACAACUACUACAACAACCUCAAAUGAGGGUCAGUCUUCCGAACCCGUUGUAGAAAGCACUUCGGGAAGCUCCUCCAACGAAAAUGGCAGCUCAAGCCAGUCUUCGUCCACGACUACGACUACCACGACAACUUCUGCUGAUGAGGGACAAGCUAGCACUGUUCCUGCUGUUGAGAUCACUGAGGGAAGCUCCUCCAAUGAUAAUGGCAGCUCAAGCCAGUCUUCGUCCACGAUUACGACUACCACGACCACUUCUACAGAUGAGGGACAAUCUAGCACCUCUUCCGACCCGGUCGUCGAAGUGACUUCGGGAAGCUCCUCCACCGAUAAUGGCAGCUCAAGCCAGUCUUCGUCCACGACUACGACUACCACGACCACUUCUACAGAUGAGGGACAAUCUAGCACUGGUCCUGCUGUUGAGAUCACUGAGGGAAGCUCCUCCAAUGAUAAUGGCAGCUCAAGCCAGUCUUCGUCCACGACUACGACUACCACAACAACUUCUGCUGAUGAGGGACAAUCUAGCACUGUUCCUGCUGUUGAGAUCUCUCAGGGAAGCUCCUCAAACGAUAAUGGCAGCUCAAGCCAGUCUUCGUCCACGACAACGACCACCACGACCACUUCUACAGAUGAGGGACAAUCUAGCACCUCUUCCGACCCGGUCGUCGAAGUGACUUCGGGAAGCUCCUCCACCGAUAAUGGCAGCUCAAGCCAGUCUUCGUCCACGACUACGACUACCUCGACAACUUCUACAGGUGAGGGACUAUCUAGCACUGUUCCUGCUGUUGAGAUCGCUGAGGGAAGCUCCACCAACGAUAAUGGCAGCUCAAGCCAGUCUUCGUCCACGACUACGACCACCACGACAACUUCUGCAGAUGAGGGACAAUCUAGCACCUCUUCCGACCCGGUCGUCGAAGUGACUUCGGGAAGCUCCUCCACCGAAAAUGGCAGCUCAAGCCAGUCUUCGUCCACGACUACGACUACCACGACAACUUCUACAGAUGAGGGACAAUCUAGCACUGGUGAGGGACUAUCUAGCACUGUUCCUGCUGUUGAGAUCGCUGAGGGAAGCUCCUCAAACGAUAAUGGCAGCUCAAGCCAGUCUUCGUCCACGACAACGACCACCACGACCACUUCUACAGAUGAGGGACAAUCUAGCACCUCUUCCGACCCGGUCGUCGAAGUGACUUCGGGAAGCUCCUCCACCGAUAAUGGCAGCUUAAGCCAGUCUUCGUCCACGACUACGACUACCACGACAACUUCUGCUGAUGAGGGACUAUCUAGCACUGUUCCUGCUGUUGAGAUCUCUCAGGGAAGCUCCUCAAACGAUAAUGGCAGCUCAAGCCAGUCUUCGUCCACGACUACGACUACCACGACAACUUCUUCAGAUCAGGGACAAUAUAUCACCUCUUCCGACCCGGUCGUCGAAGUGACUUCGGGAAGCUCCUCCACCGAUAAUGGCAGCUUAAGCCAGUCUUCGUCCACGACUACGACUACCUCGACAACUUCUACAGAUGAGGGACAAUCUAGCACUAUUCCUGCUGUUGAGAUCGCUGAGGGAAGCUCGACCAACGAUAAUGGCAGCUCAAGCCAGUCUUCGUCCACGACUACGACUACCACGACAACUUCUACAGAUGAGGGACAAUCUAGCACUGUUCCUGCUGUUGAGAUCGCUGAGGGAAGCUCCACCAACGAUAAUGGCAGCUCAAGCCAGUCUUCGUCCACGACUACGACUACCUCGACAACUUCUACAGAUGAGGGACAAUCUAGCACUGUUCCUGCUGUUGAGAUCGCUGAGGGAAGCUCCACCAACGAUAAUGGCAGCUCAAGCCAGUCUUCGUCCACGACUACGACUACCACGACAACUUCUUCAGAUCAGGGACAAUCUAGCACCUCUUCCGACCCGGUCGUCGAAGUGACUUCGGGAAGCUCCUCCACCGAUAAUGGCAGCUCAAGCCAGUCUUCGUCUACGACUACGACUACCACGACCACUUCUACAGAUGAGGGACAAUCUAGCACUGUUCCUGCUGUUGAGAUCGCUGAGGGAAGCUCCACCAACGAUAAUGGCAGCUCAAGCCAGUCUUCGUCCACGACUACGACUACCACGACAACUUCUUCAGAUCAGGGACAAUCUAGCACCUCUUCCGACCCGGUCGUCGAAGUGACUUCGGGAAGCUCCUCCACCGAUAAUGGCAGCUCAAGCCAGUCUUCGUCCACGACUACGACUACCACGACCACUUCUACAGAUGAGGGACAAUCUAGCACUGUUCCUGCUGUUGAAAUCACUGAGGGAAGCUCCUCCAACGAUAAUGGCAGCUCAAGCCAGUCUUCGUCCACGACUACGACUACCUCGACAACUUCUACAGAUGAGGGACAAUCUAGCACUGUUCCUGCUGUUGAGAUCGCUGAGGGAAGCUCCACCAACGAUAAUGGCAGCUCAAGCCAGUCUUCGUCCACGACUACGACUACCUCGACAACUUCUACAGAUGAGGGACAAUCUAGCACUGUUCCUGCUGUUGAGAUCACUGAGGGAAGCUCCUCAAACGAUAAUGGCAGCUCAAGCCAGUCUUCGUCCACGACUACGACUACCUCGACCACUUCUACAGAUGAGGGACAAUCUAGCACUGUUCCUGCUGUUGAGAUCGCUGAGGGAAGCUCCACCAACGAUAAUGGCAGCUCAAGCCAGUCUUCGUCCACGACUACGACUACCUCGACCACUUCUACAGAUGAGGGACAAUCUAGCACUGUUCCUGCUGUUGAAAUCACUGAGGGAAGCUCCUCCAACGAUAAUGGCAGCUCAAGCCAGUCUUCGUCCACGACUACGACUACCUCGACAACUUCUACAGAUGAGGGACAAUCUAGCACUGUUCCUGCUGUUGAGAUCGCUGAGGGAAGCUCCACCAACGAUAAUGGCAGCUCAAGCCAGUCUUCGUCCACGACUACGACUACCUCGACAACUUCUACAGAUGAGGGACAAUCUAGCACUGGACAAUCUAGCACUGUUCCUGCUGUUGAGAUCGCUGAGGGAAGCUCCACCAACGAUAAUGGCAGCUCAAGCCAGUCUUCGUCCACGACUACGACUACCACGACAACUUCUUCAGAUCAGGGACAAUCUAGCACCUCUUCCGACCCGGUCGUCGAAGUGACUUCGGGAAGCUCCUCCACCGAUAAUGGCAGCUCAAGCCAGUCUUCGUCCACGACUACGACUACCACGACCACUUCUACAGAUGAGGGACAAUCUAGCACUGUUCCUGCUGUUGAAAUCACUGAGGGAAGCUCCUCCAACGAUAAUGGCAGCUCAAGCCAGUCUUCGUCCACGACUACGACUACCUCGACAACUUCUACAGAUGAGGGACAAUCUAGCACUGUUCCUGCUGUUGAGAUCGCUGAGGGAAGCUCCACCAACGAUAAUGGCAGCUCAAGCCAGUCUUCGUCCACGACUACGACCACCACGACAACUUCUACAGAUCAGGGACAAUCUAGCACUGUUCCUGCUGUUGAGAUCACUGAGGGAAGCUCCUCAAACGAUAAUGGCAGCUCAAGCCAGUCUUCGUCCACGACUACGACUACCACGACCACUUCUACAGAUGAGGGACAAUCUAGCACUGUUCCUGAUGUUGAAAUCACUGAGGGAAGCUCCUCCAACGAUAAUGGCAGCUCAAGCCAGUCUUCGUCCACGACUACGACUACCUCGACAACUUCUACAGAUGAGGGACAAUCUAGCACCUCUUCCGACCCGGUCGUCGAAGUGACUUCGGGAAGCUCCUCCACCGAUAAUGGCAGCUCAAGCCAGUCUUCGUCUACGACUACGACUACCACGACAACUUCUGCAGAUGAGGGACAAUCUAGCACUGUUCCUGCUGUUGAGAUCACUGAGGGAAGCUCCUCAAACGAUAAUGGCAGCUCAAGCCAGUCUUCGUCCAUGACUACGACUACCUCGACAACUUCUACAGAUGAGGGACAAUCUAGCACUGUUCCUGCUGUUGAGAUCACUGAGGGAAGCUCCUCAAACGAUAAUGGCAGCUCAAGCCAGUCUUCGUCCACGACUACGACUACCUCGACCACUUCUACAGAUGAGGGACAAUCUAGCACUGUUCCUGCUGUUGAGAUCGCUGAGGGAAGCUCCACCAACGAUAAUGGCAGCUCAAGCCAGUCUUCGUCCACGACUACGACUACCUCGACAACUUCUACAGAUGAGGGACAAUCUAGCACUGUUCCUGCUGUUGAGAUCGCUGAGGGAAGCUCCACCAACGAUAAUGGCAGCUCAAGCCAGUCUUCGUCCACGACUACGACCACCACGACAACUUCUGCAGAUGAGGGACAAUCUAGCACCUCUUCCGACCCGGUCGUCGAAGUGACUUCGGGAAGCUCCUCAAACGAUAAUGGCAGCUCAAGCCAGUCUUCGUCCACAACUACGACCACCACGACAACUUCUGCAGAUGAGGGACAAUCUAGCACUGUUCCUGCUGUUGAGAUCACUGAGGGAAGCUCCUCAAACGAUAAUGGCAGCUCAAGCCAGUCUUCGUCCACGACUACGACUACCACGACAACUUCUACAGAUGAGGGACAAUCUAGCACUGUUCCUGCUGUUGAGAUCACUGAGGGAAGCUCCUCCACCGAUAAUGGCAGCUCAAGCCAGUCUUCGUCUACGACUACGACUACCACAACAACUUCUGCAGAUGAGGGACAAUCUAGCACUGUUCCUGCUGUUGAGAUCACUGAGGGAAGCUCCUCAAACGAUAAUGGCAGCUCAAGCCAGUCUUCGUCCACGACUACGACUACCACGACAACUUCUACAGAUGAGGGACAAUCUAGCACUGUUCCUGCUGUUGAGAUCACUGAGGGAAGCUCCUCCACCGAUAAUGGCAGCUCAAGCCAGUCUUCGUCUACGACUACGACUACCACAACAACUUCUGCAGAUGAGGGACAAUCUAGCACUGUUCCUGCUGUUGAGAUCACUGAGGGAAGCUCCUCAAACGAUAAUGGCAGCUCAAGCCAGUCUUCGUCCACGACUACGACUACCACGACCACUUCUACAGAUGAGGGACAAUCUAGCACUGUUCCUGCUGUUGAAAUCACUGAGGGAAGCUCCUCCAACGAUAAUGGCAGCUCAAGCCAGUCUUCGUCCACGACUACGACUACCUCGACAACUUCUACAGAUGAGGGACAAUCUAGCACCUCUUCCGACCCGGUCGUCGAAGUGACUUCGGGAAGCUCCUCCACCGAUAAUGGCAGCUCAAGCCAGUCUUCGUCCACGACUACGACCACCACGACAACUUCUGCAGAUGAGGGACAAUCUAGCACCUCUUCCGACCCGGUCGUCGAAGUGACUUCGGGAAGCUCCUCCACCGAUAAUGGCAGCUCAAGCCAGUCUUCGUCCACAACUACGACCACCACGACAACUUCUGCAGAUGAGGGACAAUCUAGCACUGUUCCUGCUGUUGAGAACACUGAGGGAAGCUCCUCAAACGAUAAUGGCAGCUCAAGCCAGUCUUCGUCUACGACUACGACUACCACAACAACUUCUGCAGAUGAGGGACAAUCUAGCACUGUUCCUGCUGUUGAGAUCACUGAGGGAAGCUCCUCAAACGAUAAUGGCAGCUCAAGCCAGUCUUCGUCCACGACUACGACUACCACGACAACUUCUACAGAUGAGGGACAAUCUAGCACUGUUCCUGCUGUUGAGAUCACUGAGGGAAGCUCCUCCACCGAUAAUGGCAGCUCAAGCCAGUCUUCGUCUACGACUACGACUACCACAACAACUUCUGCAGAUGAGGGACAAUCUAGCACUGUUCCUGCUGUUGAGAUCACUGAGGGAAGCUCCUCAAACGAUAAUGGCAGCUCAAGCCAGUCUUCGUCCACGACUACGACUACCACGACCACUUCUACAGAUGAGGGACAAUCUAGCACUGUUCCUGCUGUUGAAAUCACUGAGGGAAGCUCCUCCAACGAUAAUGGCAGCUCAAGCCAGUCUUCGUCCACGACUACGACUACCACGACCACUUCUACAGAUGAGGGACAAUCUAGCACUGUUCCUGCUGUUGAAAUCACUGAGGGAAGCUCCUCCAACGAUAAUGGCAGCUCAAGCCAGUCUUCGUCCACGACUACGACUACCUCGACAACUUCUACAGAUGAGGGACAAUCUAGCACCUCUUCCGACCCGGUCGUCGAAGUGACUUCGGGAAGCUCCUCCACCGAUAAUGGCAGCACAAGCCAGUCUUCGUCUACGACUACGACUACCACGACCACUACUACAGAUGAGGGACAAUCUAGCACUGUUCCUGCUGUUGAGAUCACUGAGGGAAGCUCCUCCAACGAUAAUGGCAGCUCAAGCCAGUCUUCGUCCACGACUACGACUACCUCGACAACUUCUACAGAUGAGGGACAAUCUAGCACUGUUCCUGCUGUUGAGAUCGCUGAGGGAAGCUCCACCAACGAUAAUGGCAGCUCAAGCCAGUCUUCGUCCACGACUACGACUACCUCGACAACUUCUACAGAUGAGGGACAAUCUAGCACUGUUCCUGCUGUUGAGAUCGCUGAGGGAAGCUCCACCAACGAUAAUGGCAGCUCAAGCCAGUCUUCGUCCACGACUUCGACUACCACGACAACUUCUACAGAUGAGGGACAAUCUAGCACUGUUCCUGCUGUUGAGAUCGCUGAGGGAAGCUCCACCAACGAUAAUGGCAGCUCAAGCCAGUCUUCGUCCACGACUACGACCAGCACGACAACUUCUGCAAAUGAGGGACAAUCUAGCACCUCUUCCAACCCGGUCGUCGAAGUGACUUCGGGAAGCUCCUCCACCGAUAAUGGCAGCUCAAGCCAGUCUUCGUCUACGACUACGACUACCACGACAACUUCUGCAGAUGAGGGACAAUCUAGCACUGUUCCUGCUGUUGAGAUCACUGAGGGAAGCUCCUCCAACGAUAAUGGCAGCUCAAGCCAGUCUUCGUCCACGACUACGACUACCACGACCACUUCUACAGAUGAGGGACAAUCUAGCACUGUUCCUGUUGCAGAAGUCAGUCAAGGAAGCUCCUCCAAAGGCGGUAAAUCUAGGUGGUCAUCUACCAAAACAACUAAGACAUAUUCUUCAAAGACCUCAAAGACUCCCAAGAAAAGUGGAAAGUCUCGCAGAACUAGGACCACAACUGUGACAUCCAGCUCGGACAACAAUCAAUCAGGAGCAUCAUCCCAGGAUAGUUCCACACACAAAGGUGCCAAUUCCAGCCAAUCUUCAACGACAACUACAACCACGACGAGCGGAAGUAAUCAGUCAAGCAGCUCAUCUGUGCCACCUGUUGAUGUUACAACAGGUGUUGAUGUUACAACAGGUGUUAAAAUUGGAAAAUCUGGCUGGAAAUCUACAAAAACAACGAAGACCUAUUCGUCAAAGACCUCAAAGGUUCCCAAGUCAAGUGGAAAGUCUAGCUCUCACAAAACUACGACCACAACUGUGACAUCCAGCUCGGACAACAGUCAAUCAGGAGCGUCAUCCUCUCCUAUUGUGGAAGUUUCCCAAGAAAGUUCCGCAGACGAAGGUGUAAACUCCAGCCAAUCUUCAACGACAACUACAACCACGUCGACGAGCGGAAGUAAUCAGGGAAGCAGCUCAUCUGUGCCACCUGUUGAUGUCACCGCCGGUGUUAAAAUUGGAAAAUCUGGCUGGAAAUCUACAAAAACAACUAAGACCUAUUCGUCAAAGACCUCAAAGGUUCCCAAGUCAAGUGGAAAGUCUAGCUCUAGCAAAACUACAACAACAACUGUGACAUCCAGCUCGGACAACAGUCAAUCAGGAGCAUCAUCCUCUCCUAUUGUGGAAGUUUCCCAAGAAAGUUCCGCAGACGAAGGUGUAAACUCCAGCCAAUCUUCAACGACAACUACAACCACGUCGACGAGCGGAAGUAAUCAGUCAAGCAGCUCAUCUGUGCCACCUGUUGAUGUUACAACAGGUGUUAAAAUUGGAAAAUCUGGCUGGAAAUCUACGAAAACAACUAAGACCUAUUCGUCAAAGACCUCAAAGGUUCCCAAGUCAAGUGGAAAGUCUAGCUCUAGCAAAACUACGACCACAACUGUGACAUCCAGCUCGGACAACAGUCAAUCAGGAGCAUCAUCCUCUCCUAUUGUGAAAGUUUCCCAAGAAAGUUCCGCAGACGAAGGUGUAAACUCCAGCCAAUCUUCAACGACUACUACAACCACGUCGACGAGCGGAAGUAAUCAGGGAAGCAGCUCAUCUGUGCCACCUGUUGAUGUCACCGCCGGUGUUAAAAUUGGAAAAUCUGGCUGGAAAUCUACAAAAACAACUAAGACCUAUUCGUCAAAGACCUCAAAGGUUCCCAAGUCAAGUGGAAAGUCUAGCUCUAGCAAAACUACGACCACAACUGUGACAUCCAGCUCGGACAACAGUCAAUCAGGAGCAUCAUCCUCUCCUAUUGUGAAAGUUUCCCAAGAAAGUUCCGCAGACGAAGGUGCCAACUCCAGCCACUCUUCAACGACAACUACAACCACGACGAGCGGAAGUAAUAAGGGAAGCAGCUCAUCUUUGCCUAUAGUUGCCGUCACCACAGGUGUUAAUGGAGGAAAAUCCAGUUCGACAAUUACUAAGAUUACCAAGACCUACUCUUCGAAGACCUCAAAGAUUCCCAACUCUGGGUCUAGCAAAACUACGACCACAACUGUGACAUCCAGCUCGGACAACAGUCAAUCAGGAGCAUCAUCCUCUCCUAUUGUGAAAGUGUCUCUGGGAAGCUCCUCAGACGAAAGUGCAAAUUCCAGUAAAUCUUCAACGACAACUACAACCACGUCCACGAGCGGAAGUAAUCAGGGAAGCAGCUCAUCUGUGCCUAUAGUUGACGUCACCGCAGGUGUUAAUGGCGGAAAAUCCAGCUCGACAAUUACUAAGACAACAAAGACCUUCUCCUCAAAGUCAUCUAGUCUUCCUGAAUCGAGUGGAAAGACAAGCAAAACUGUGACCACAAUUACAACGUCCAAGUCUUCUUCGGCGCCCAAGACAGAGACCAACUACUCGUGGUCAACUACAUCAAAGAAAUUGUCCGAUCCCCUCAACACAAUUUCUUGGACAAGCCGCUCGAGCAGCCAGCCUUCCACUGGGGAAACCACCUCUGUGAAUAGCGAAGAUUCAUCAAACUCUUGGUCAAAGCUGAUUAAACGAAGCACUGCGGGCAUUUCAUCAGACGAUCACAGCAACGGUUUUGUUGUAGGUCCAGGAGGAUCUCGUGGCGUCCAAUCGUGGUCUCAGCGCUCAGGAUUCUCCAGUGAUGCCUCCGGUGUCCAAGGAUCUCCCGACAUUCGUUUCAGAUAUGCCAGAGGUCAGAAUAGUCACGAUGGACAGUCGCAGGACUCGCAAUCGUGGACCAGGAGCUCCACAGGAGAGAGUGACAGCACGGAUGGCGCAGAAGUAUCCGUAGACGGCCAGAAUGUGGAUGAUUCGGAGGGCAGCGACGGUUCGAUGCAAGGUGGCUCCGUUCGCGGUUCCGGACAAUAUCCCUACUGGUGGGGUAACCAACGUUGGGUGGGCGUCGGAGCCCAGCCCAACUGGCGCUAUGGAUGGCGUCCAUACAGGGCCGGUUGGGGAAGAUGGAGCAAUCAAUAUUAA